AUGGCGUUCUGCAGCAUGUGUGUAGGUUGGAGACUUGCUAGCAGAACUAUUUCUUCAACUACAUUCAAUCUAAACAAAAGAUUUUUAUCAACAACCUUCCGUCUUCUGAAUGAUGAUAAUCCUAAGUCAAGUAAACAGUUUAGUCUAAGUUUUGAAGAAUAUCAAAAAUUACGAAGAAAAGUGCGAACUCAGAAAAGAAUAUCAGGCAUUCCAUUUGCUGCAGUGGGUAUGACUGCUUCCUCUAUGGUCUCUGUCAUGUUAAAUCCCCAUUUAUUUGAUGCUACAGACCCUGAACAGAUACAGCCAAUUCUGUGA